CGUCAACAACAACAAAUCUGGGAGAUUAAAGAACCAAGAUCCGGGUUGUAAUACAUUAGGCCCAAUCUUUCGGUCUAAGCAUCAUGCCGCAAUGGUACUGGGACAAAAAAGAACUGCGGCACACGCCCACUCAGCUGGGCAGCGGCUUCUUGGACUACGAUGACGAGCAGCGCUACCGGCGCGAAGGCGUGCGCUUCAUCAUCGAGGUGGGCAAGGCCCUGAACCUGUCCCACACCACCAUGGCCUCCGGGGCCGUCUACUUUCACCGAUUCUACAUGUUCCACUCCUUCCAGGAGUUUCCCAAAUACGUGGUGGCCACGUGUUGUCUGUUUCUGGCCGGCAAAGCCGAGGAAACGCCCAAAAAGUGUCGCGAUCUGAUCAAGGUGGUUCGAGCUCACACCAAUGACACCCAAUUCGCCACUUUUGGCCACGAUCCCCGGGAAGAGGUCAUGAUCAUGGAGCGAGUCCUCCUUCAGACCAUCAAGUUCGAUCUUCAAGUGGAUCAUCCGUACAUCUCCAUCCUGCAAUACGCCAAGAGUCUCAAAGGCGACAGUGCCAAGUUGCAAAAGAUGGUCCAGAUGUCGUGGACCUUCGUCAACGAUUCCCUCUGUUCCACCCUCUGUCUCCAAUGGGAGCCCGAGAUCAUCGCCAUCGCCGUCAUGUAUUUAGCCGCCAAGUUGUCCAAAUUCGAGAUCAAGGACUGGCUGGAUCGCCACGAGUAUCAGAAGCAUUGGUGGGAACGCUACGUCGUGGAUUUGGACGUCACCGACCUCGAGGACAUUUGCCAUCAAGUGCUCGACCUCUACAGCCAACCCACUAAACCCACCCGGGAGCAAUCCGCCUCGCCACCCCCGGGACAGCGCACUCAACCCGCUAAGCCCACUGUCCCUCCCACAUUGCAGACCCAGAGCUCGGGCAGUGGCAAGCAUACCACGCCCCCGCCCCCCAGGGAGAAUCCUCCUCUCCCCCCUCGCGAUAUGGCGACUUCAAUCGGGGCCCCGCAGCCUCAACAGCCUUUGUCUCGACCGCAAACGCCGCCCCCACCCCCUCCACCGGGGGCUCCCAUUGCGGCGCCCCCCGUUCCACCCUUGGGUAUCCCGCCGGGAUCGGCUUACAUGGGGUACGGGGCUGCCUUACCUCCGGGAUUGCCAGGGGUGCCAUCCAGUUAUCAUGCCCCGCCACCCGGUGUUCAUGGUUACGUGGCACCCGGGCAAGCCCCGGUGGGAGGCGGCAUCCCGCCCCUCUUCUCUCAGGGAAAUGGUCCCACCGUGGGGUACAGUCAGCCCCCUGGCGGUGGAUAUACCGGAUAUCCCCCUCGGGGCCAACAUCCACCCGGACCUCAAGGGCAAUAUUAUCCACCCGUUCCACCGGGUAACUUCCGACCGGAUCAUCGGAGAUACUGAGAAAUGAACUCUUUGGGAACUUUUUGCUAAUAAAGCUUAAUAUGUAGGAACA